AGAAGGGGAAUGGCGAUAGAUCACCAAGAAGCCCUCUCCUCUUCCUCUCCUGCAUCUUCUUCGUUCCAUCCAUGCAGCGCUGUUCGCCACUUUUAUGUCGCUGUCGACCGCCUUUUGUUUAAGAUGGAUACCCUGGUGGAUCUCCUAGGCGUAACAGGGCGGCGGCCGUUUCUUCCCGUUGUUCUGUGCUGCAAUUCGCGGGACGAGCUGGAUGCUGUUUAUUCUGCAGUAUCCAACCUCACCUUUAUCUCUUCGUUCCCGCUGUAUAGUGAUCAGUCUGAAACUGAACGGGCAUCUGUCCUUGAAAAUUUUCGUCAAUCAACCAUAAGAUGGAAUCAAAAUGCUAAUGCCCAUCCUGAUGAUGGUGUUGAUCCUGACAAUCAGAAGUCAUGCAUGAUAGUUGUGACAUAUGCUUGCCUUCCUUUUAUAACUUUGGGAGAGGCUCCUUUAGCUGCUCGUGUAUUGAUAAAUUAUGAGUUACCAUCGAAGAAGGAAACAUAUUUAAGACGCAUCUCAACUUGCUUGGCAGCAGAUGGAAUUGUGAUUAACAUGGUAGUUGGAGGUGAAGUAGUGAUUUUGAAAGGUCUCGAGGAGAGCAGUGGACUUAUAGUAGCAGAAAUGCCCAUUAACAUAUCUGAAAUCCUAUAAGCAUUUUAACGUUUCUCUAAUUUGGGAAAGGAAUACUUGUCUGUUAAAUGGACAUUUCCAGCAAGCAGCAUUGUUCUCCGCAUUUAGGAUUUGAUUUGCCAUUCUGUCCAAAGCACGAGGUAAGGGAAAAUUGUUUAAUUUGUGGUUGGAAGAAUCUUGUAUUCUUCCAUGACUAGUUAAAUAUGUUUCUAUUCUUCUCAUCAAGAGCACAUGCUCCUACUGUUACAAUUGCAAGGUUCAAAGCUUUUACGUUUUGGCUAUUGUACCUUUCUGAUCCAAAAUAGGGGGAUCAUUGAUGGAAAGAGAUUAUUUCAUUAA